UGGGUCAGGUGGAGCCCGUCAGCCCUAAGCCCGAGGUGGUAAUCGUAGAGCGCAGACGUUACCGACAUUACCGGCUCGAUUCGCGCGAUCUACCGUCGGUAUUGAGGGUAUCGAGAUUAUCGAGUUCUAUCACGUUCUAUCACGUUCUAUCACGUUGGCUGUCCUGCGCGGAUCUGAUCUCAAGUCUCAAGUUUGAAAUUUUCGCAACGACGAGAGCCCGCCGGCGGCCGCCCGCCAGUUCGCGCGUUCGCUGAUCGCUCCAGUGUCCAGGUUUGCUCGCGUCGGCUAGCUUGUUCUCGUGAUUUUCGCACGGAGUAGAAACUCGGAAAGUUAUCGUCUGGGAACGGAGGUACGCAUAAUCGACGUAAUCGCGAACGUAGGCGUAAGGCGUAAGCAGGAAGGACAAUGGAGUCCGGUGACGAGGACAUGUUCGCUAUCAGCGACGAGGAGGCGUCGUCGCCGGCACCGGUCAAUCCCGUCGAGGAGCAUCUGCUGAAGCAGCUCGCUGACGUCCAGCACAGGAUCGACGUCGCUGCGAGCGAGAUCGCCGAGACGAAGGCGAUCACCGCGCACGUUUUGAACGUCCUGGAGUGGCGCGCGCUUUACGGGGAGGACGCGAGCUCGGACUCUGACAGCGAGUUGUACACUGCUGAAGGAGUACCUGUGGCAAAGAAACAGAAACGCAGCAGGGCUAGCAGCACAAAAAAUAAUUUGGACCUGACAUUUCAGUGGCAAUGCGUACUUCAGGAUAAAUGGAUUAUUGGAGUAGAACUGGUCAACAGAUCCUGUAGCACGUUGCUCAACCCCAGAUAUUACGUGUCACCUAUGCGGGGCGAGGAGAUUUUCGGCGAGUCGACCUUCUGGAAAUUGAAAGAAGAAGUUGAAAAUUCUUUCUUCUAUACGAAAAAGAUCAAGUCGAUCCAACCCGGACCUGUCGUGGCGACAAUGGUGCUCGAUCUACCGAUGUUCGAUCAGGAACCUGUCGUCGAGUGCUGGGGUAUAAUCUCGUACGAGAUCAAUGACACACAAUUCCAAGUCCCAGUGCCACCCAUUCAGCUCUCUAUUGUCGAAACGAUCGAUAGUUCGUAUAUAAACUUCUUAAAUGAGAGCGAGUACGGUGCGAUAUUAGCCCUGAAAAGCACGUCCACCAUAGAAAGGAUCGUUAACGUUCAAUUCUCGAGAGACGAUCAAGACGAUCAAGACGAUCAAGACGACCAAGACGACCAAGAUGAUCAAAAUGGGUUCGGCGACAAACUCGAUCGUCUUUUGACCGCGAAAAUCUUUACGAAGGUUCGCAGCAACAUUUUCUUGGCGAAAGAACACGGCUCCCUGAUGUACUGUCUGGUCGAGAUACAAUCGAUCGAUGUCGACGAAGCGAAUAUCAAGAUCUUCGCCAGAUCUGUCAAUCAGCUGAACAUAAUAUUGCACCUUCUGCAAGACGAAUUUCCAAAUGUAUCUCUUGAGGAGACUGAUAAUUGCGUUGAGGCUGCGAUGGCUCUGAUACACGAGCUAACGAUGAUUCGCGAUAAUAAGAACAACAUCCGCGAGAUACAAGAAGCGAAAGUGAUAACAGACUUACUUAUUCCUUAAGUUCUAUUUAUCACUGUUUAUAUAAAAUAUUGCUUACUCGUAGAGGAAGCUUUGUUUUUCUUGUAUUAUGUUAAUAUGCAAUGUAAUAUAAUUAUGUUGACAUAAUGAUAUCGUGUAAAAAUAUACCAAAAAACCAAAAAUUGUUAACAAUUAAUGUAGCAAUAUAUUAUGCGAAGAACAACAUCGGCGAAAUAGAAAAAGCAGUAUAUUAAAUAAAUUGAUCGAGCUUUCA